AUGCAAGACUACGUUAAAGAUAUCAUCGUUGAUAUACAGCCAACAUCAAUAUUAACAUGGAAUUUAGAACGUUAUAAUUGGAAGUUAUGGAAGAAUAUCUUCUACGGUUUACUCACUAUGAGUGUCAUGAUUGGUAUUAUUCUAACUGUGUUGAUCAUUCCGAAUUACUCAAGAAAAGAGAGAAUUUCUUUCAUUAUUAUUUAUCGAACCAACAUGGAUGACGUCAGUUUAUCAACAAUUGUUGAUCUAGAUUCGCUCGGUGUUAGUCUUAAUAACCAUCUUGGUCUAUCUAAUGUAAAUGUUAAUAAUGCUCAAUUUGUACCUGUGGCUAUAACUGAAGAUAAAAAGAAGCGAGAAAUAAUGCAGAAUUUAAAUCUAUGUGAAAAUGAAAACACAGAUACCACAGGCGAUCUCUUUAUCCUUCAUCUUUCGACUGAAUAUCCAUUGAAUUAUACUAUGAUGGCACAUCAACAAUACUUGCUCGAUAAAAUGAAAAUCGACAACAGUUCUGCAUAUAAACAAUUUAGUCUUCCCAUUAAAUUCAUUAAUGGAAAAACACUUAGCAUAAAAAUGAGCUUCUGUUCAUUUGACCAAGUUAUAUCACCAGUAUCAAUACAGGCUACUGGUAUUCAAAAGCGAAACUCAAAAGAGUUUGCCUGCACUGGUACAAUCUGUUCAAUAUCAAAAUUUAUUCAAAGUCAAAAUUGGAAUGAGAAUAUCAUUUUCAAUGGUACAAACAAAAAUAGAUUUGGUCCUUGCCAAGGUGGUCUUUAUCCUAAUGAUGAUAAGUGUGUUGCGUACACAUAUGGACCUGAUCCUAUUCAAGUUAUUGACUGUCAUCUUCCCAAAGGUCCUUAUGCUCCUAUCGUAGUGCUUCUCAUUCACGGUGGUUUCUGGAGCGCUAAGUACAAUCGUUCGCUGGAAGAUGCCGUAGGCAAUGAUCUUCUUCGUUUUAAUAUUGUUGUCUGUAAUUUGGACUAUCGUUCUGUUGGAAAUGGAGGUAAUUAUCCGAAUGCAUUCUAUGAUGUGUCCAAUGGUACUGAUCUUAUUCGAACAAUUGCUCAGGAACAUGGUUUCAACAGUACUCGAGUGAUCGUCGUCGGUCACUCAGCUGGUGGACAAUUGGGAGGCUAUAUCACAGGACGCUUCAGGUUAAUACCAAGUCAACCUGGAUAUAGCACGAAUCCUCUUCGCCCUAUAGCUUUUGUCAGUCAGGCGGGCGUCAAUAACAUGUGGGAUGGAUGUGAUCAAGCUAACGAAACAGGUUCUGGUGCAGUGAUUUCAUUUCUGGGCGGGACGUAUCAGAUGUAUCCGGAACGAUAUCUCCUGUCGUCGUUGGCGGCUUCAAGUAAUAUUUCAGUCAGAGCACAAUAUCCAAGUCAAUUUCUGCCAUUAGAAGUACCAAUACAAGCUAUAACUGGAUCAUUAGACAUCACUGUACCUGUCAGUCAAACAAUAACUUUUGCUGAACAAGCCAAAACUGCUGGUGAUAAUUGCACUAGAGUGAUUGUUGAAGGUGAAGAUCAUUUUGUUCAUCUUAAUAUUUCUUCAAAGUCUUGGAAUAUGACACUUGCUUUCAUCUUAUCUUUUAUUCCAUGA